AUGUCCCUCACACUCUCAAACGCGGAGGAAUGCGAUGUAGGCGACAUCGCAGAUAUCCAUUUAGCAUCGUUCGGUGAGAACAUGAUGCUUCAGGCGCAAUUCCCAACACCCGCCCUACGUGCAGGAUUACGAAUCUCGUUGAUGGAGAAAGCCCGUGAAGAAAUUCGCGAUCCGCAAUGGGCUGUGUUAGUCGUUCGCAAUCAAAAUGAGAUCAUUAGCUUUGCGAAAUGGAUGCGACCUGUCCUUGAUGCCGACUCGUAUGUUGAGGUUGCUUGGCGAUGGCCCGAAGGCACCAGGAUGGACAUCCUGAAUGAAUGGGCUAGAAAAGUGGAGGAUGCGAGCAGCAGUGUUAUUGGUAGUACGCCUUGCUACUGUUUGAGCUUUAUUGGAACACAUCCCAGUUAUGAAAGGCGUGGUGCGGCCACAAUGCUCAUACAGUGGGGUUUGGAGCGCAGCGUGAAGGAGAAUGUUCCGAUACAGCUCGAGAGCACCACAGUUGCAUGGCCGUUGUACAAAAGUCUCGGGUUUGAGGAUAAAAAGCGUAUUCUAAUGCAAUUGGAAGGGUUGAGGAAAGAUGGGCAGUCCGUCCUUUAUGAGGAAUUGUCUCUUGUGUGCAAGCCGGAGGUGGCAUCGACGAUCUUGAACAGAUUGACGCAUAAGUCAAAAACAGACUGA